UCCCGCGCCCCCUUCCGGCCGCAGCACCGCGCGCCCCCCGCUCCCGCGCUCUCCAUCCCGCAGCCGGGCAUGGGCGGGCCGCGCGCCGCGUCCUGCUUGUGGAGCUGGCUGCUCCUCCGCGGCUGCAUGCUCGCUGGAGCCCAGCUGGAUUCUGAUGGCGUUGUUACUAUAGAGGAGCAGAUUGUCCUUAUUAUGAAAGCUAAAGUGCAGUGUGAACGGAAUAUCACAGCCCAGCCCCAGGAGGAAGAGGGCAGUUGUUUUCCAGAAUGGGAUGGACUUAUCUGUUGGCCCAGAGGAACACUGGGGAAAAUUUUAGCUGUCCCGUGCCCUCCUUACAUCUAUGACUUCAAUCAUAAAGGAGUUGCUUUCCGACACUGCACUGACAAUGGAACGUGGGGUGUUAUUCACAGCUCCAAUAAAACAUGGGCUAAUUAUUCGGACUGUUUUUUGCAGCCAGAUAUCAGCACAGGAAAGCAAGAGUUCUUCGAAAGCCUUUAUACCUUAUACACGAUUGGUUAUUCCAUCUCCUUUGGUUCCUUGACUGUGGCAAUUCUCAUCAUCGGCUACUUUAGGCGAUUGCACUGCACUAGGAAUUACAUCCACCUGCACUUAUUCAUGUCUUUCAUGCUGAGAGCUAUAAGCAUCUUUGUCAAGGACAAGGCGGCCCAGGCUCACCUGCGAAUAGGGGAGUUGCAGUCCCUGAUGGUGCAGGAUGACCUACAGAAUUCCAUCGGAGUGCCUUCUCUGGACAAGUCACAGUAUAUUGGGUGUAAGAUUGCUGUUGUGAUGUUUAUUUACUUCCUGGCUACAAACUACUAUUGGAUCCUGGUGGAAGGUCUCUACCUGCAUAAUUUAAUCUUUGUGUCUUUCUUUUCGGACACUAAAUACCUGUGGGGCUUCAUCUGGAUUGGCUGGGGGUUUCCAGCAGUGUUUGUUGUGGCCUGGGCAGUGGCACGAGCAACUCUGGCUGACACCAGGUGCUGGGAACUUAGUGCUGGAGACAGGUGGAUUUAUCAGGCUCCAAUCUUAGCAGCUAUUGGCUUGAAUUUCAUUCUGUUUCUGAAUACUGUCAGAGUUCUGGCCACUAAGAUUUGGGAGACCAAUGCAGUUGGGCACAACAUGAGAAAGCAAUACAGGAAACUUGCCAAGUCCACCCUGGUCCUGGUCCUGGUCUUCGGCGUGCACUACAUCGUGUUCAUCUGUCAGCCGCACUCCUUCACCGGGCUGUGGUGGGAGAUCCGCAUGCACUGCGAACUCUUCUUCAACUCCUUUCAGGGUUUCUUUGUGUCUAUCGUCUACUGCUACUGCAAUGGAGAGGUUCAGGCCGAGGUGAAGAAGACGUGGAGUAGGUGGAAUCUGUCCAUUGACUGGAAAAGGACGGCCCCGUGUGGCAGCCACAGAUACGGCUCGGUGCUCACCACUGUGACACAUAGCACCAGCAGCCAGUCGCACAUGGCGGCCAGCACUCGCAUGGUACUUCUCUCUGGGAAACCCGCCAAGACCUCCAGAAGGCCGCCCGACAGCCACGUGACUUUACCUGGCUAUGUCUGGAGUAAUUCGGAACAGGAUUGCAUGCCAGACUCCAUCCAUGAGGAGACCAAGGAAGGCAGCAGGCGGCAGGGAGAUGAUAUUCCAGGGGAGCAGUCCUCCAGGCCCUUGGACUUCACCCUUGAGGGAUGCAGGGGAGAAACUGAGGAUGUCAUCUGAACCAGCAUUUGUGGCUUUCACAGGACUGGUGGAUCUGGUUGGCUGUCAUUCCUCUGCUUGAGUGCAAAGGCUGAAACAUUCAGGGUUAACUAAAAUGUUUUUAGGCUACCUGAGUCGCCUCCUGCCCUUCUACCCUGAAGAGGACAUAUUGGUGAAAUAACCCUUCUCCGCAUCAAAUUUUUUCCUAAAUUGAUGUGUAAUACUUGCUGUGUUGUUGUUAUUUUUUAAUGUGUUUGUGUAGGCUACAGCUGAGUAGAAAAGGUUUCAAUGGCUUGGUUCAUUCUCCUAAAUAUCACCCUAAAUAUAACACAGAUCACUUAGCAUGUAUCAUUUUCCUUUUAAGAAAUCAGUACUUUUUGUCUUUCUCUCUUUAAUAUAGUCUGUUACUGUGUUUCUUUUGCCCGUGCUUAGCAGCAGUAAGUAUCUGAAAAAUGCAUAAUGAAAGAAUAAAGAUCAGUGAACAAGCA